AUGGAGGAGCACUUGAUGAAAAUACUGAUUGUUGGUGAUGGAAAUGUUGGGAAAUCGGCCUUUGUGAAUCGAUACGUCAACGGACAGUUCAACAAGACGUACAAGAUGACAGUUGGAGUGGAUUUUUCUGUGAAGGUGCUGAAGUGGUCAGAGAAAGAACAAGUCAGACUGCAACUGUGGGAUAUAGCAGGCCAGGAGCGUUUCAUAUCCAUGACCAGGAUCUAUUAUAAAGGUGCAUUGGGCUGUGUGGUGAUGUUUGACGUCACGGAAUCAUCCAGCUUCCUCAAAUGUCGCCAUUGGAAACAGGACCUGGACAACAAGACCAUGCUGCCCAACGGAGAAUCCAUCCCCUGCAUCCUGCUGGCCAACAAGUGUGAUCUUCCUGGGCGGGCUGUGUCAGCAGACAGCAUUGACGAGUUCAGUAAGGCCAAUGGCUUUGUUACUUGGAUGGAGACGUCCGUCAAAGACAACAAGAACGUUGGAGAGUCUAUGAGGUAA